CGUCAUAUUCUUGCGCCCCCGUGUCAACCAAAGAAUACAAGCAAACAGCAAUGGCGCCGCCAGAUAGUUGUAAAACUAACGAAAAUUCUCAGUUUACAGUGGCUUCGAAGGUGCUGCAAUAUGAAAGGUUUAUUGACGAAGUACUGAAGAAAGAUUUACAAAAAGUGAUGGAGCAACGCGAUACUGUUUAUGAGCAAGCCUCUCAUUACCUGCAGCUGAAAAACACCUUAAAGGCUCUUCAGGUACACACACAUGUGCGCACACACACACUUAAGCAUUGUGGGUAUGAUAUACGUGUGUGUGUGUGUGUGUGUGUGUGUAUACAGGAGACGGAUUCUCACCACCUCAAAGCAGAUGUUGACCUUGGCUGUAACUUCUAUGUUCAGGCUGAAGUGGAGGACUCAUCUAAGAUCUUUGUGUUGGUGGGUUUUGGCUUCUUCUUGGAGAUGGACCACGCUGAAGCUCUGCACUUCAUCGACAAGAAGACAAGUCAACUAACAGCCUUUACAGAUCAGCUGACCAAAGACAGUGCCAAAAUUAAAGCAAACAUCCGGAUGGUGCUGGAGGGUCUGCGAGAACUUCAAGGUUUGACAGAGCUUCCAGAAUGCCGCAGAAGAGAAGUCUUCUAGAUUUUUACUGUCUUUGGACGCCUUGUGAGGCGGGAUCAACAAGUGGGAUCAACCUGAACAUUUUGUGGUUCUUCUUCUGUGGUGACUAGACCUUUUGAAUUCUCAUAUGGACAAGUGCCAGCAAUGAGAUGUCAUGCUAUGUCCGCAUCUGGAUGGAUUGAGUGCAAUUUGAUGAAAAAGAUGCUGCUCUAGCAUCCUAACAGGAUCGUUGCCAUGGUGACAUGAUCCUAAAUUAAUGCUGGCUAGUCAAGGACUAGAAAAGCAAAUGUCUUUGACAUUUUGUUAAAUAGAUUAUUUUUUUAUAUAAUUUCCUCCAAUUGUAAAUAAAUGACAAAAAUUC